AUGUCAGGCAUUGCGCAACCCACCGGCCGCGCUGAAGAAGUGCAAAGCCUUCUGAAAGCAGUCGAAGAGCUUCUGAUUCCCUUUAUUCGAUCCGCAGACGAAGAUCCUCGCGGCGUCUCAGCACAGAAGAAUGCCACCAACGGUACCAACGGACACACUGGACUCGCCGGGACAUCACUGGUAGACUACAAGAAGCCCGAAGAACUGCGGGACAUUCUUCAGCUCGAGAUUCCAGAGAAAGGUACAAAGCAAGAAGGUCUGAUUGAGGUCUUGCAAAAGGUCUUGCAAUACUCGGUCAACACCUGGCACCAGGGCUUUUUGGACAAGCUGUAUGCGUCAACCAACGCCCCUGGUGUGGCAGCAGAGCUUAUUCUUGCUACUCUGAACACCAAUGUGCAUGUCUACCAGGUCUCGCCCGCCCUGACGGUUAUUGAGAAGUUUACUGGUCAGCGAUUGGCGAACCUUUUCGGACUGAACGGUCCCCGGGCUGGAGGUAUUUCUGUGCAGGGCGGAUCCGCAUCCAACACCACAUCCAUUGUCAUUGCACGCAACAACCUCUACCCGAGCACCAAAGCAGACGGCAAUGGCGGGUACAAGUUCGUGCUCUUCACGAGUGCUCACGGCCACUAUAGUGUGGAAAAGGCGGCGCAGAUGCUUGGGUUUGGAAGCAGUGCCGUUUGGCCUGUUCCCAUUGACAGAUUCGGUCGUAUGAUUCCAGCUGAGCUUGAGAAGUUGGUGCAGAAGGCCCAAAGUGAAGGCCGGACGCCGUUCUAUGUCAAUGCCACUGCGGGUACUACCGUCCUGGGCUCUUUCGACCCCUUCAACGAAAUCUCGGCCAUUUGCCAAAAAUACAACAUGUGGUUCCACAUCGACGGAUCUUGGGGUGGCUCAUUUGUCUUCUCGCAGAGCCAAAAGCAUAAGCUAGCCGGUUCAGAGAAAGCAAACAGUAUUGCCAUCAACCCGCACAAGAUGCUCGGCGUUCCUGUCACCUGCUCAUACCUGCUAGCAUCAGAUCUUCGCCAGUUCCACAAGGCCAACACUCUCCCUGCGGGAUAUCUCUUCCACAAUGAAGACGAGCCCGCCACCAAUGGCGACGCAAACGGAGAGACGGAACUAGAGGUGGAGUCACCGGAAGUGUGGGAUUUGGCAGACCUUACUCUCCAAUGCGGUCGACGUGCCGAUUCCUUGAAGCUGUUUUUGGGCUGGACAUACUACGGUAACGAGGGUUACCAGCAGCAGAUUGACUCGGCAUGCAGCAUUGCCACUCACUUGGCCAACACCAUCGACCAACACCCCGACUUUGUUCUUAUUAGCGAGAAUCCCCCUCCUUGUCUGCAGGUGUGCUUCUACUAUGCUCCGGGCAAGGAGUCCGUGUACCCGCGCGGCAUCGUCUCAAAUGAGACACAGCGCGGGAAGAAGAAUAGCAAGGUCACUGAGCAAGUGACCCAUGCUAUCGUGCCUAAGGGCUUCAUGGUGGACUUCGCGCCUCCCAGUGGGGAUGAAGAUGCGGUCGGAAAUGGCAAGUUCUUCCGCUGCGUGGUGAAUGUCCAAACCACAAAGGAGACCGUCGAUGCACUUGUCCGCGCCAUCGAAGAAGUUGGUCCUGAAAUCGUUGGGUCUCUCAAGGCAAGCGAGUCGACUGUUCCCCAGAAGCGACCUGGUGAGCAUGGACACGGCCCUGUUGUGCACCAUGCUUAA